CAUGAACAUUUGUGAAGAUGAAGGUGUGAUGAAUAAGGCGUCAAAAUGCCUGCCGGUCUGCCAAAAAUUUCCUGAAGGAAAUCUUGACUUCCGUCUCCGCUGCCCUUCUAAAUACGAUGCCUCGAGAAAACCGGAAACGAGGGAAGAAACACAAGUUCAAGACUACUGACGAGACGAUCCCGUACGCCAGCUCCGAGCCUCAGGCAGAACUCGAGCCCCAAGUUGGCCCUUCCUGGAUCGUUACCGCUUCCGGGGAGGACUCGGAAUUCAACCCAGAGGCUCCCUUCGGUUAUGUCGAUGCAGAUGUCAAGGCAUAUUUCCGCACUGUCGAUUUACAGAUCCGUGAAUGGCAGGAAGGUCAACAAGAGCACUUAGAUGGUGAUGCAAACGUCGAUCCCAAUGCAGAAAAGCACAUGUUCUUUGUCGCUGCACUCAGCGAGAUGCGAGAGAAGGAGAAGCAAUUAGCAACUGACCCUGACUGCUCAAUAAUUCUGGAGAGGAUGGCGUAUUCGAUGGAUGACUUUGUGCGCAGGGUGUUUUUGGACAGUUUAUCUGGUUCCUUCGAAACCCUAGUCAAACAUCGUUUUGCGUCUCAUGUGUGCCAAACCCUGUUCAGUGUCGCUGCCGAAACAGUUGCGCGCGAGACCAUGGGUAUCGUAGCGCCAGCUUCUGAGGCAGCCUCCGAAGGCCACCUGCGAACUGCCGUCGAUCUCAUUCUGGAUAUAUGCAAGGAACUACUGCCAUCUCUUGGCUCCCUGGUUAUGGAUCCGUUCGCUUCACAUGUUAUUCGUGCUCUUCUCGGAUUACUCUGUCCUUCAUCAAAUCACACCUCCGACGAAACCUCCCAAGGAGCGAUGCGGUCUAAAAAAAGUGCACACUGGAAAUCCCGGCAGGGACCUCUGAUGUCUGUCUUCAACGACAAGAAGGGGAAAAGCAAAGAGGUGACAUCCCGUCAAAUGCUCCCAGAGUUUCGUACUAUGAGUCAAAGAUUUGUCGAAGCCAUUCGGAAUGAACUAGGAGAUAAUGAAGUUCGUGCAUUGGCCGCAGAUAAAGUUGCUAGCCCUUGCUUACUGAUGCUCCUCAAUGUGGAAGCUGAAUUGGAAAUGGCUGACGAGCAUGGUUCUUUGAUGGACCGAGUGACUGUCGGUGCUGUUUCUGCAUCUCUCGAUCAGGACACCAAAUCCAUUGACCCAUCCGAUUACCUUGGAACCCUCUUUCGAGACCCAACUUCUUCUCACCUACUAGAGACUGUUCUGUCACGAGCGUCCGCUAAACCGUUCGCAUUAAUCUGGAACACAUAUCUCCAGGGUAAAUUGCCUCGACUUGCUAUUCAUCCUGUCGGCAAUUUUGUUGUAGCGAAAGCGUUAGAACGAGCUGAUGUCAAUCAGUUGGCAAUCGCCUAUGAGGAGUUGCAGGAUGUAUGGGAGAAGAUGAUUACGACGUCCAGGACAGGCGUUUUGCGCGCUGCGGUGGAUCGAUCUGUUGCUUUGCGGACUUCGGAACAGGGUGCUACUGAGGCUGCAUUCUCGGCACUGAACCUUGCUUCAGAUGAAGACAAGAAGUACCUUGUGCCAUGUAUGCUAUCUUUAAAAAGGCUGUCGGUGUUCAUUUCAUCUAAAAGCGCACAACCUUCUUCCUCAUCCACUCACGAGAAUAAGCGUAAAAUAGACAAUGAACCCUCUACACAGUCAAGUAUCCAAGGCUCUCUAUUACUCCAAAGUUUGCUCAAGCUUUCGUCCCCGCAUAACCAACCUGUGAUAGACAGUUUGGAAGCCCUCGAUUCAUCUGAACUUAUUAAAAUUGCACAUAACGCAACGAGCUCCAGAGUUCUCGAUGUCCUCUUGGACUCUGAGACGGUCCCGAUCAAAGUCAAACGGUCCUUUGUGCAGAGCUUUAUAGGAAAUUAUCAUCUCCUCGUUGAUGAUCGAAUAGGUAGUCGAGUAGGCGAUAGGUGCUUUGCUUUCGCCGAUACGUAUCUGAAGGAAAAGAUUGCCCGGUCACUGAUACCCCAAGAACAGACUCUCGCAGGGUCUUACUACGGGAAAUUCUUUAGUCGAAACCUCAAUCUUUAUCUACUCAAGCGUCGACCGGACGAGUGGAAAACGGCACAGUCAAAUAAAAAGGCUGAGAAUCAUUCCAGUUCUACCACUAAUGCCAACGACGCAAAAAAUGAUUCCAAAAACAUUCCCUCCGCCGAACUUGCAGAUCCUUCUGUCUUCAAAAAGAAACGGAAGCGAGAGACCCGGGUCAAAGAUGAGAUUGACGAACUCUUCGACUCUUCUCAUAACAAUAAAAAAAGCAAAAGCCACAAGGUGGCCGCUGUUGACUCUUCUGCAACAAUCAAAGUGGCAAAGGAGCCAUCUGGUGAUACGCUUAUGGACAAAGGAUUGAAGGAUAUCUUCGAUGCCAUUCGUGCAGCUCCAAAGACUGAUCAUAACAAGGUCAAGGGACGAGUUAAACAUUGAAGUUGUACUGUAACGUAUACUGUCGUAGAGUUUUGAAAAUGACGUCAUC